AAGUUGAUUCAGAUGACAACCUUCCAUUAGAAGAUGAAAUUUUAUUAAACAAAUUAAACCAAGAAAUUCACAAUGUGAGAACACAAGAAGUUAUAUCGAUCACUGAUUCAGAUGAUGAGCUUCCAUCAAAAGAUAAAAUUUUAUUCAAAAAAAUAAACCAAGGCAAUCACUACGUAGGAACACCAGAAGUUAUAUUGAUCACUGAUUCAGAUAACAAACUAGUACAACAAAUCAAUCAUUUAGUUUUUGGAUAUUAUGAAAUAAAAGGGUACAUAAUAAUAUUAGAACAUUUGAUGAAAAACACAAAAGUAUGGAAACCUAAAGUAGGACAAAAAUUCAUAGAAGAGGUUAUCAUUCCUGAAUUGGGUGUUAGGUUCAUAAUAGAAGAUCUUGGGGUUAGUGAUUACAAUACUGCUGUAAAAAUUAUAUGUGAGAGCAUUAAAUAUAGUAACCAGCAUUUUUUUGGCAACUGCAAUAAUGAAUGUUUCGAUGAAAAGAUAUAUUUUAUUUCUUAUAAUUGUGUGAUAAAAAUCUGUAAAAAAAAGAGAACAUUUGAUGGAGAAGCUUAUAGGUUUCGGAUGUUUGCAUAUUCUACAGUAAUACAGCAUGAACCUUUAUGA